GCGACCCCGGCUUGACAGGAAAUGCACGGACUUGGCGUGGCUGGCCCUGUUCUUUCUCUUUUGGACUGGUUUGGUGUUCCUCAUGGGCUACGCUGUGAUGGCUGGAGCGGCAAGCAGACUCCUCUUGGGCUACGACAGCUUCGGUAAUGUGUGUGGCAGGAAGAACUCCCCGGUGGCUGGGGCCCCGCUCUCGGGGCGGGACAUGACCCUAAAGAAGCAUGUGUUCUUCAUGAAUUCCUGCAAUGUGGCCGUGCAAGACAGGAGGCUGGGCACCACUGCCCUCUGUGUCUCCAGCUGUCCCGAAGAGCAGCUGGACACGUUGGAAGAGAUUCAGCUCUUCGCCAAUACCAGCGGGUCCUUCCUGUGUGUCUAUAGCCUGAAUUUCUUCAACUAUACCCAGAGUCCAAGCGCAGGCACGCUGUGUCCCAGGCUACCCGUUCCUCCAAGCAAGUCGUUUCCUUUGUUUAAUCGAUGCAUCCCCCAAACACCUGAGUGCUAUUCCCUGUUUGCAUCUGUUUUGAUCAACGAUGUAGACGCCCUCCAUCGAAUUCUGAGAGGAAUCAUGUCAGGAAGAGACAUCAUCCUUGGCCUGUGUCUUCUUGCACUAGCCUGGGCUCUGGCCAUGCUGUUCACCUUCCGGUUUGUCACCACUCUUCUUGUGCACAUUUUCAUUUCCUUGGUGAUUUUGGGAUUGCUGUUUGUUUGUGGUGUCUUGUGGUGGCUCUAUUAUGACUAUACCAAUGACCUGAGCAUAGAACUGGACACAGAAAGGGAGAACAUGAAGUGCGUGUUGGCCUUUGCGGUGGUAGCCACAGUUAUCACGGCAGUUCUGCUCAUCUUGAUUUUUGGCAUCAGAAAGAGAAUAAAAUUGACAGUUGAGCUUUUCCACAUCACCCACCGAGGCCUCAGCACCUCUCCUUUCCUGCUGUUCCAACCACUGUGGACAUUCGCCAUCCUGCUGUUCUUCUGGGUCCUGUGGGUGGCUGUGCUGCUGAGCCUGGGCACUGCUGGCACUGCUGAGGUUAUUGAAGGUGGCCAAGUAGAAUACCAGCCUCUUCUGGGCAUUCGGUAUAUGUGGUGGUACCAUUUAAUUGGCCUCUUCUGGACCAGUGAAUUCAUCCUUGCCUGCCAGCAAAUGACUAUCGCAGGGACAGUGGCUACUUGCUAUUUCAACAGAAAUAAGAACAACCCUCCUGACCGUCCAAUUCUUUCGUCCCUCUCCAUUCUUUUCUGCUACCACCAAGGAACUGUCGCCAAAGGGUCAUUUCUAAUCACUGUGACGAGGAUUCCAAGGAUGGUUCUCAUGUACAUGUAUAACACCCUGAAAGAAAAGCGCAGUGCAUGGUCCAGGGACGCAUACGGAGGUUGCUGCUCCUGUGGGUGCUGGGGUCUAACCCAGUACUUGCUUCGUUUCAACCAGCAUGCGUACACUGCAGCAGCCAUUAAUGGGACAGAUUUUUGUACAUCAGCAAAAGAUGCACUCAAAAUCUUAUCAAAGAAUUCAAGUCAUUUCAUGUCUGUGAUCUGUUUUGGAGACUUCAUAAUCUUUCUAGGAAAGGUGUUGGUGGUAUGCUAUACUGUGUUUGGAGGGCUGAUGGCAUUUAACUACAACCGUGUGCUCCAAGUGUGGACAAUCCCUCUGCUCUUGGUGGCUUUUUUUGCCUAUCUAGUAGCUCACAGUUUCCUGUCUGUUUUUGGAACUGUGCUGGAGACACUUCUCCUGUGUUUUGCUGUGGACCUGGAAACAAAUGAUGGAUCCGCAGAAAAGCCCUACUUCAUGGACCAAGAGUUUUUGAACUUUGUAAAAAGGAUCCAGAAAUUUAACAACUCAAGGUCUGAGCGAGACAAGGACUCACUGAGGAAUCAGGAGGGAACAGAACUCCAACCCAUCGGAACAUAAAUUCUUGUUAAAACACCUGGAGAAAGUAAUCUUUGAGGCCAGUGACCUGAUAAGACCCACAGUGUUUUGCAUGUUUGACACAUACGACCUUUUGACACCAACUGGGAACAUUCAAUACCCAGUUUACGUUCAUCAGUUUAAAAAGAACCAUAUGCAGCAGGGUGCUGGUGGUUCACGCCUGUAAUCCUAGCUACUCAGGAGGCUGAAAUCUGAGGAUCUCAGUUUGAAGCCAUCCUGGGUAGGAAACUCCAUUAGAUUCUUAUCUCCA